AUGCAGAUUCCGGAGAAAUUAAGAAAUGACAAUCGACCCAAGGUGCACCGCACGCUUGCAAUGCUGUGUGAGUCUGAGUCCCUGUCGGACUCACAACUGAAAGCAUACCAAACACGCUUACAGGAAUACCGAACUUAUCUAGAGGCCGUAAGUCGAUUGGCAAACUGUGGGAAUGUAUGCAUAACUGAGGAGGCUGUUAUGAUUGGGGACAAUGGUUUACUUACUGGUGAAUCGCUGAAUGCCUUACAACAUGCCGGUGCUAUUUCUGUUUAUAAUACUUUGCAACAAAAUAACUGGGAAUUUCCUGUACCAGAAGAAGGUGAAGUCGCUGUUGUGAAGGCUCAUACAACUGUUCCUGAUGACUUUUUGGAUUCAGAAAAACCCAUUCGAUCCGACUGGCCAUCUGUCUUUGUAUCCGAAUGUUUUGUUGAGGGAGAAAAGGCCAAACUACAUGGUUCAGCUCGCCCUCUUCGCUCCUUCCUCCCACCUAGCAUUGUUUUCAGGAGCGCAGCAGAUAUUGACGAUGAUCUUCCAGAGCCGGAGCUCCCAGCUUCGAGUGCGCUGGGACCUGAAUCCGGCCUUGAAAUUGUUUCUACCAGCGAUGGUCUUGCUAUCAGGAAAACAAACGACCGUGAUUCAUCUGUUGAAUGUAUUCCUAUCGAUGAGUACUAUUACGGUCGUCAGGAAGGCUCUUCUACCUAUGUUGAAGAGAAGGCAGAAUUUCGCUUUAAAUGCGCUGUCUGUCAGCGCAUGUUUUAUUCCAACGUUAAACUUAUGUAUCACAUCAUGGGCCAUGUUGACGAACCCAUUCAAGGCCUUCUGGGUUUUCCGCUCUACCAGUGUCGGAUUUGUAAUCGAGCUCUUGCAAAUGCGUUUUGUCUUCGGGCUCAUUUAGAGAAAGAUCACGGUGGUGCAACAGUAGUCGAAACGACAAAAGUCGACGGACCAGAGGGGUCUAGGCCCCAACUGACAGCUACGGGUUUUUCCUGUCGUAUCUGUGGCAAGGAAGCAGCUAGCGACUUGGCUCUGGCUCACCACCUUCAAUCCACUCAUCGUCAACGCGAAAUGCCUUAUGUCUGUCGCAUCUGCCUCUUUCGUUCCUCUCUCUACGAGGACCUUUUGGACCACUUCAAGAAGGCUCAUAGUGGUUCCAACCACCUUCUCUGCACGUACUGCCUUCGUAUUUUCACUCCGUCUGAUGCUCGAGUUCCUGGCAUUCCCCUAAUGUCUCCUACCGGCGGUGGUGGUAGUGGUGGUGUGAGCACAGCGGGUCUAGGUGCGGGUGUUGGGCAGACUCAGGUGUAUCUGCAGCAUCUGAGAAUGCACCAGGUUCAGCACCAACUACGUCGCUGCCUUGCUUGUCGCCUCAACUUUACAAACAAGUCGGACUACCAGGUACAUCGGAGGCUUGAUCACAAAGCAUGCAGUAGCAGUGCUGCAGCCGCGGAGCAACAGUUGAAGGAGCAACAGAUGCAGCAGGAGCAAGAAAUGGCGCAAGAACAGCAAGCUCAGAUUCAGUUGGAGGAACAACGGGAGCAGGAGCUGGUUAAGCACGUGGAUGGCCAAGUACAGGAGGCGCAUGAUGUGGAGGAAUUUAUGACUGACGCCAUUGAACCAGCUGUUCAGCAGCAAGAACAACAACAGCAAGAGACGGGGGAGAGUGAGGCAGCAAAGUCGUCGCUCGGGGAAAGUGCUGCGGCAGAACAACAGCAGUUGACGAUCUCCGAUACUGCAGGUACUUCUGCUGACGCAGAAGCGGCCGCAUUGGCAGCGUCAGCAGCAGCAGCAGCAGCAGCAGCAGCAGCAGCAGCGGAAGAGGAGAAUCGAGUGAUUCUCCUCAACGCUCCAGAACCGAGUCGCACGAAAGAUCUCUCCACCACUCAAUUGCCUCCCGAGGCUGCUCAACUCACCUGUCUAGAAUGUGGUGAUCCUCUCUCCUCAGAUGACCACAAGCAGUAUCUCCCUUGCUCGGCCUGCGUGUUUGCCACCUGCUGCGCUGCCGGUUUUACUCGCCACGUCCACCGAGCACACAUGUACCCCCCAGGAACUGACGUAGGUGCUGCCGCACACACCGGAAGUCCUAUGAUCCGUCCCAUAGUCACUUUUGACUGGCUGACACGAUAUAUGCCGCCUGUAGAGGAGGAAGCACCGGGAACAGAGGCAUCCACCGAAGAAGCAACAACAACAGUUGAUCCGAUGGAAGUAGACUAUCCAUCAGUGGCGGAGGCGGGGGCAGAAGUGGUGGCGGACAUCCAGUUUGCCUGUCCACGAUGCGCCCUGUCUGGUGUGGAUGGAAAUACACUGGCACGUCACUUGGUGGAGGAGUGUGGGGUGGAGGGUGCUACUCUCCAACCAGAUCCCGAAAUCGUCUCCGCGCGAAUGGAAGCGGAGGAACAGAUGCGCUUGCAGCAGGAGCAGCAGCAGGUCGCUUACGAGGCAGGAGGCGUUCACGAUAGUGACACUGGAGUGUACGCACUUCAAGCCGCAGCCGAAGGAGAUCCAACCUCCGCGAGUCUCCACGAAGCUACUACGGAUACUGCUGGGGCUCCAGUAGCCAUUGAGCAGCAAGCGGUUACCUUGGGCACAGCAGGUAACCUUCCUGCCACGAUUGAUAUUACCGACGCUGGUGGUGAGGUGGUUCAGCGUCUUGUGCUGCCGGAGGACCUUCAGCUUGAGCCUGGGCAGACUCUGGUCCUCAUCCAAGGUGAAGACGGGCAGCCACAGUUGGCAGUUAUCAAUCAGGCCGAGUGGGAUGCUAGCAGCCAGCAACAAAUGGUGAUGCAGACGGAGGACGACACCUCAAACCUCCUUCUCUAUGGAAACACGGAAGCCGAUAUGGCAGAGGAGAAGGAGAAUCAAUUGUAG